GAGGCGCAGCAUUGUGUGUGCGUGCGCGUGCUGUCAGCGAUCGCUCGCUGCUCGCCCAAACCUCUCCCAAACAAUGGCCGAAAAAAUGUCUUUACUGAGUCUCGAGGACGAUUUGACAUGCAGCAUCUGUUUAUGUGUAUUCGACAACCCGGUGAGUUUAAUAUGUGGACACAGUUUCUGCGCCAACUGUCUCGAAGCGGCGUGGAGCGACAGAUCAUCAACGCUGUUUUGUCCUCACUGCCGUAUGCAGUUUAAUUCUAAACCCGAGCUCAGGAAGAACACCGUCCUCGGUGCUGUACUAGAGGCCUAUAAAGGAAACUCGGGUAUCUCUGAGUCUGAACCCAUGAAGACACCCGUUGAGGUGAUAAAGAACGAGCCAGAACCGAUAAAGUGUGACAGCUGCAUGGAAGCCCCAGCCGUCAAAACUUGUUUAACAUGUAUGGCUUCUUACUGUGAGGAUCAUGUCAGGCCUCACCGAGAGAACGCGAUAUUCCGCGCUCAUCAGCUCUCUGAUCCGCUUCCUGAUCUGCUGGAGCGUCUCUGUCCAGAGCACAGCAAACUGAUGGAGUUCUUCUGCUCCAAACACGGGACAUGUAUCUGUAGCAAUUGUCUGCAUUUUGGACAUAAGGGCUGCGAGUUCACCAGCACAGAUGACCAGCGCUUCAAGCAAAAGACUAACCUGAAUGGCAUGCUUAACACUCUUGAAGUCAAAAUAGAUAAGAAUCAGCAGGUCGUCACUCAGAUGAAGGAGCAACAAGAUAAGUUAAAGGGCUUGGCUGCAACCCGCAAACAUAUUCUUGAGACAGAAUACAGACAGAUCAGACAAAUGAUCGACAGAGAUGAGAAUGAGGCCAUGCAUGCCAUUGAUGAGGAACUGAUAAAAGGUCAAACCAAACUGGCUUCCUUGAUGAAGAAAUUUAAUGAGAACGUCGAGAAAAUGAGCAGUACAAAAUCUGAGAUCAACAGUCUGCUGGACCAGUCACAGUCACUUACAUUCCUAAAGGCCCGUGUGGAUUUGCCAUCAGUGGUUAAUUUUGAGCCCUAUAAUCCCCGCAUUAAUGUGGAUAGUAAAAAGGUAAUAUCUUAUCACUCAUCUGCAGUUGCACUAAAGGAAUGGAUAGCUAGAUUACUGGAGCAACCAGCAGAAAACCGAAUCCUUGUACUUAAACCAGACUUUGAGAGAACUGUUCUUUCCACAGCCCAAUUCUCAGAAAACCGUGAGAGUUCUACAACUUUGCCAAAUCCAAGAGAAAUGUUCUCUCAACCAAACACACAUGUGAGAUCACCUAGUCCAGGAGCUCCUCUCAGAGGCAGAGUUCAAGGAACUAAACAAAAAAAUCAGCCCAGUAUGUCUUUAAACAAGAGUCGUGGUACUAAAGAAAAGAAUGACAAGCAACGUAAAGACCAAAGUGCCAACAGAACUAGGAAUAAUACUAAGGGAAUAAAUCCUUCUCUUUCAAAAAGCAUGGAAAACAUAACAGACAUGGUGACAGCUAAAUUUAAGAUGUGUGAAAUUGUUACAGAUCAAUUUCCUGGGGGUUCAACAGCUGCGCAAAGUUGGGUUCAAAGAAAUGAACUUCUUAAAUAUGGCACUAUCCUCAGUUUUGAUGUCAGAACGGCUCACAAGCGGAUUGUGCUCUCUGAAAAUUUCACCAAAGCUUCUGUCACAGACGAGCCUACUCACUAUCCAGAUAUUCCUACUCGCUUCUCUGUUUGUUCCCAGGUGCUCUGCACCAAGGGCUUCUCUCAGGGCCGCCAUUACUGGGAAAUCAAAAUGAGCAGCAACAACUUCUGUGGAUUGGGGCUCGCGUACGGUAGAAUCGACCGGAAGGGUCCAUCCAGCCGCCUGGGCCGCAAUGUGGAAUCCUGGUGUGUGGAAUGGUUUAACGUGAAGCUUUCUGCAUGGCACAACAGCAUUGAGACAGUGUUGGCGAAUCCAAACCCCAGUCGUGUGGGCAUCCUACUGGAUUGUGAUGGGGGAAGUGCAACCUUCUAUAACGUGCAGGACCGGGCCUAUCCAUUUCACACUUUUGUGUUUCCUUUCUCUGAGCCUGUGUAUCCAGCUUUCUGGAUCUUUUCAAAUGGCUCGAAUGUCUCUUUGUGCAAGCUCAUUAACUAAAAGUACACUAGUCAACAUUUGAAGUGGAUCAAAAAAGUUCAUCGGAGUUGUCCUAAGACAAAAACGGGUAUUAGUCAAAACUUAAAUAAAAGUUUUUUAUCCACUUUAAAUGUUGACUAUAUAUACAAGUAAAUGAUAUUAAAUGAUUAUCAAUUUUGAUUUUUUAUUGUGUAAUGAACUGGUUGUUUUGUGAUGAUAAUAAUACGGCUUUCUUUUAAAGGCAUGUCAGCCGAGGUAACAUUCGUGUAAAUUAUCAUAUUGGCUUGGCAUAUAUUUAAUCAUGACCAAUUAAGUUGGUUUUAAUAAUUAAUCAGGGGACUGUAAAUUAUUGUACUUAUUAUCACCUUAAGAAAUAAAUUAUGGACAUUAAAUUUUCAUUUGAGUUAAAAUUAUUUGUGAGAACAAAGACAUAAAGCUAAUGUUGAAAACUGGUUGCUGGACAAUAGAUUUGUGGUCAGAACACAAAUAUAUGAAUCAAGUAUUUCAGAUUAAUGGUAUGUAUAUAAUUUUGUUAUAUAACAUUUGUGUUAUGUAACCUAACCUUAAUGUCAUUGUGUAUAUCUUGUUAUGAUCACAUAUUAUUUUAUUUUGUGGACUUGGUUUAGAGUGCAUGGCAUAAAAUAAAAGCCUACAGGUGUCAUAUGUGAAGCAUGUAUACAUUGCACUUUCACUUCAAUUUUGGCAAAAUUAAAAUGCAAUAUUAAAACAAAUUUGAUUUAUGAUUGUAAAGUAUUGACCGUGCCCAUUUCUAUGAGAAUAUGUUUCUAAAUAUUGAUUAUUUUUCCUUCUUGUAUUUGUAUCUUUGCGAUGCCAUGUAACAUUUGCGCUUUAUAGUCUUGAAAUGGUUUAAUCUUGUUGGUGUUUCAUGUUGUUUUAUGUUCAUAUCAGUCAGUAAAUGGACCAAUUCACUUGUAGAGUAAUUUUAUCAAUUCUGAUAAAAUUUCAAAUGUGUUGAAGAAUAAAGUGAUGCUAAAUCUC